AUGGAAGUAGAAAACGAAGCCCACUGCUGCCCUAGCAGCUCCUCGGGAGGGUCCAGAGAGUACAAGGUGGUAAUGCUGGGCGCAGGGGGCGUUGGUAAAAGCGCUGUCACAAUGCAGUUUAUAAGCCACCAGUUCCCGGACUAUCAUGACCCCACCAUCGAAGAUGCAUAUAAAACCCAGGUGAGGAUUGAUGAUGAGCCUGCUUACUUAGACAUUUUGGACACUGCCGGUCAGGCGGAGUUCACGGCCAUGCGGGAGCAGUACAUGCGUGGGGGAGAGGGCUUCAUUAUCUGCUAUUCUGUCACUGACCGCCAGUCAUUCCAGGAGGCUGCCAAGUUCAAGGACCUUAUUUUCCAGGUCCGUCACACCUAUGAAAUUCCCCUCGUGCUAGUGGGUAACAAAAUUGACUUGGAGCAGUUCCGUCAGGUAUCUACUGAAGAAGGCAUGAAUCUUGCUCGAGACUACAACUGUGCCUUCUUUGAGACAUCUGCAGCCCUCCGAUUCGGUAUUGAUGAUGCUUUUCAAGGCUUAGUGAGAGAAAUUCGCAGGAAGGAAUCCAUGUUGUCCUUGGUGGAAAGGAGAUUUAAGAGGAAGGACAGCCUGUGGAAGAAGAUAAAAGCCUCCCUGAAGAAGAAGAGAGAAAACAUGAUAUGA